AUGGGCUCCCUGGCCGCCACGGAUGAGCCGUCAUUGCAGCCGCUCAAGUACCCUCAGGCUCGCCGGGACGAAGACAUUGUCGACGACUACCAUGGCGUCCUUGUGCCGGAUCCCUACAGAUGCCACCGUGAAGGGAUGGCGUCACCGUCAGCCACCGUGCUGUGCACGGCCAGUUCCUUCCAACUUGCAGCAAACAUGCUGGCGUUGUUCUUCCUGGCGGCGCUACAGGCGACCCCGACGCGUUCGUCGUCGCCGUCGUCCAACGCCGCCGGUCUUCAGCCCACCGCGACCUUCUGCUCCGGCCACUCCCCGGCCGUCACGAGCAGCGAGGUCACCAGGUUUCUCGCCGCCGUGUGCACCGGCGCCUACGGCGUCGCGCACAUGUCCCACAACAUGUCCUCGUACGUCGUCACCAAGAACCGGACCAUGUACGGGGUCGCGCAGUGCCGCCCCGACGUCUCGGUCCCCGACUGCACCGCCUGCCUUGCUGCGUCCUCUAAGCUCAUCUCCGGGACGGCGUGCGCGGCGUCGGCGGUCUGGCACGACGCCUGCUUCCUCCGCUACUCGGACCACGACGACCCGGGUCGAUUCCGCGAGGACGAGUACACGGCGACCGUGUUCAACGCGAGCCGCGCUCUGUCGCCGCAUGUGGCCGCCAAAACGGUAGUGAGGCGCCUCCUCGCCGCCGCGGGGGAAAGCACGACGAGCAGUCACAUGUGCCGGAGCGUCGGUGCCGCCACUGGGACUGCGGCAGGCGGUCUGGUCUACGGGCUCACGCGGUGCGCCGCCGGGAUCUCGUGCGCCGACUGCCGCCGCUGCCUCCGAGGCGCCCUCCAGGUGGUGGACAGGGAGUACAACGGCAGCGCUGGGAUGCAGGUGCUGCGGCUCAGCUGCAUGGCCAGGUACGAGAGCUACCCCUUCUACAACACCGAGUCCUUGGCCCGGCGAUUGCUCGCGGAGGCGACGAGCGGGAGCGGGUUCGACGCACCUGGGGCAACCCGUGCGGCUGCUACACCUGCUGUGCCGGCGCCCCCGGGCGGUCGUAACCCACCGCCUCCACCAGCACCAGCACCCUGGUACUUCAGCAUUAAUGCUUCACUUAAUGGUCGUCGGGCUGGACAUCCCACCCCAGCGCCCCCUGGCGGUCAUACCCCACCGCCUCCACCAGCAGACGCACUUGGGGCAACCCGUCCGGCUGCUACACAUGCUGUGCCGGUGCCCCCUGGCGGUCGUACCCCACUGCCCGCUGCUGCCGCACCGAGUGAUCAAACGGCCACCGGACCAUCAGAAAACAAAGGGAAGGAAACGUCGCAUAGAUCCAAAGGGAUGAUCGUUUCUCUUGCAACUGGGUUGCCGAUUGCCGCCAUCAUCCUCGCACUCACCAUAUGGUACCGACGUCGGCGACCGGCUCAGAGAGGACAUGUCAUAGAACCCCUUGUUUUGAAUCGUCAAGCAGAUGGCAUGCCAGAGGAGACUAUGCAUGGGCAAGGAAAUAAUAAGCAUUUGAGCAGGGAAGAAGAAGAAGAGGACGACGGAGGACGAACGAGCUGCCAACUCUACAGCUACCAGGUUCUUGAGGCUGCUACAUGUCACUUCUCAAGUAGAAACAAACUAGGGAGCGGUGGAUUUGGAACCGUAUACAAGGGCACACUUGAGAAUGGGAUGGAAGUAGCAGUGAAAAAACUGAGGGAUUCCAAGAGGACUAUACAAGAACUUGAGAGGGAGAUCUCCAUUCUGGUUAACUUGCGCCACAAGAACCUUGUGAGGUUUUUAGGGUACUGCUUCCAAGAGGAAGGGAGGUUCCUCAUCUACGAGUACGUACCUAAUAACAGCCUGGAUAAAUUUUGGUACAAAGCAUCUUUUCAGUGUGAGAAGCUAGAGUGGGUUACAUGGUUCAACAUCAUCUUAGGGGUUGCUCGCGGCCUCUGGUUUCUUCACGACAAGGGGAUCAUUCACCGGGACCUCAAGCCACACAAUGUACUUCUCGACGAUAACUUCAACCCAAAGAUCGCCGAUUUUGAUCUCAUGAGGAUGUACGAUAAACAGAAAACUCAUGAGAGCACUGAGAAGGUCGCUGGAACAUUCGGGUACAUGGCACCAGAGUGCACCUCCGGCCGAAAGUUCCUACUUUCGAUCAAGUCUGACGUGUACAGCUACGGGGUGUUGGUGCUGGAGAUCAUCACCGGCCACAAGAUCUACACGUUCGAAGGCCAAGACUCUGAAGGCCUCGUCGAAUACGUGUGGCAGCACUGGACUGAGAAGAGAGGGAGCGACGUGGUGGACGGCGACUUGGGCGUGGAAGGGCAGGAGCACGCGGCACGGCAAGCGCUGCGGUGCGUGCACGUCGCGCUCCUCUGCGUGCAGUCGGACCGAGCAAGGCGGCCAACCAUGGGGCAGGUCAUCGCCAUGCUUAGCAGUGGCGACGACGGGGUGGCGGAGGAGCUGCCGGAGCCGUCUCUGCCCGGGUACGUCGUCCGUCCAGCGGCGGCGUCAGGUGCCCAGCUGUGCUUCGGGUGCAGGUAG